CUAUGGUUUUCACUUGAUUUAUCCAAAAUCAUAGGCAAACCAAAAACAAACACUAAAUCAUAUAUCAUGGCUGAGACAAAGAUACUCUUCAUUUUAUUUCUUGUUUUGUUAGUUGAGUCUCUUGGAAAUGUACUUGAGAAGAAUCUUGAUGAAGAAAUUUUUUCAGAGUUUGAUGAUUUUGAUGACAUUAAUGAAGAUGAAGAAGAAGUAUUUGAACUACAGAAAAAUGGAAGGGGGAAUAAAGUUCUUGUCAAUGUUGAUAGUUUUGGUGCAGCUGGCGAUGGAAAUUCAGAUGACACCAAGGCAUUUGUAGAUGCAUGGAACCAAGCUUGUUCUAAACGAAGAUCAGUUUUCUUGGUCCCUUCAGGACGCACUUAUCUUGUGAAUGCAACCAAGUUCAGCGGGCCUUGUGCCAACAGACUGAUCAUCCAGGUCGAAGGAACCAUAAUAGCACCAAGUGAUCCUGAGGACUGGGAUCCAAAAAGUCCAAAAGCUUGGCUUGUGUUCAACAAUUUGACAGGAACUACAUUCCAAGGAAAUGGAAUUAUUGAUGGAUCAGGCAGCAAAUGGUGGACAGCAUCAUGCAAGAAGAACAAGACCAAUCCUUGUAAAUCAGCACCAACGGCAUUAACUAUACACUCAAGCUCAGGUAUAAGGGUGAAGGGCCUUACAUUCCAAAAUAGCCAACAGAUGCAUUUUGUCAUUUCUCGAUCGGAUUCUGUACGUGUAAAUGGCAUUAUGAUUUCUUCUCCUGGAGAUAGUCCUAAUACCGAUGGAAUCCAUAUAAGUGAAUCAACAAAUGUUGUACUCCAGGACUGCAAAAUCGGGACAGGCGAUGACUGCAUAUCAAUCGUCAAUGCUAGUUCCAAUAUCAAGAUGAAGACAAUCCACUGCGGUCCUGGUCAUGGAAUCAGCAUUGGGAGCCUUGGUAAGGACGACUCUGUCGGCAUAGUGACAAGGGUAGUACUGGAUACUGCAUUCCUCAAAGGUACCACAAAUGGCCUCAGGAUCAAGACAUGGCAGGGAGGAUCAGGUUAUGUUCGCACAGUCCGCUUCCAAAAUGUAAGGAUGGAAGAUGUUUCAAACCCAAUCAUCAUCGAUCAAUUCUAUUGCGACUCACAAAAACCUUGCCAUAAUCAGACAUCUGCAGUUGAGAUAAGUGAAGUAAUGUAUCGCAACGUUAGUGGAACAUCAAAGAGUCAAAAGGCGAUGAAAUUCGCGUGUAGUGACACCGUCCCUUGCAGCCACAUUACUCUGGACAAUGUCAACUUAGAGGGUAGAGAUGGCACAGCUGAGGUCUACUGCAACUCUGCGACAGGCAUUAUAGCCGGCUACGUUCAUCCUGAAGCAGAGUGUCUCAACUCAUCUGAUAAGAAAAUUGAGCAGAAAAUCGAAGAAUACAAUGUUCACACUGAGCUAUGAUUUGGCUUCCUUUUGUCUACAAUUCAACACUAUUAUUGAAGCAGAUAUUUUGAUUACAAAGCAUAUAGUAUAGUAAUAUAUAGUAUUGUAAGUAUUCAUUUGUGUAAUCUCAGAUUCUGAGAUUUCUAGCUAAGAUACAAGCUAACUAAAUCAUUUUACAAGGGAUGCCUUUGAAAUGUAUCUAUAUAAAUUUACACUUGAUUUAUCUUUCCUAGAGAAACUUUAUGUAAUACUUCCACUUAUUGCAAUUAUGUUUUGUAUCCAAAUAUAUUGAAUGAGAAGUUUUAUAAUGGUCA